CUCCGAGCAAUCCUUCGCCUUCUCAUCGUCUCUCUCUUCUUCUUCUUCUUCUUCUUCUUUGCAGCAGAGAUGGAGUGCGUCUUCGGCCUCGUCGGCGAUGGCUUCGCUCUCAUCGUGGCGGAUACCUCGGCCGUCAACAGCAUCCUUGUGCACAAGUCCAACGAGGACAAGGUCAUGGUGCUCGAUUCUCACAAGCUCCUCGGCGCCUCCGGUGAAGGCGGUGAUCGGGUGCAGUUCACGGAGUACAUCCAGAAGAAUGUGCAUCUCUACCAGUUCCGCAAUGGUAUUCCGCUCACGACUGCCGCCGCUGCUAAUUUCACCCGUGGCGAGCUCGCCACCGCCCUCCGCAAGAAUCCGUAUUUUGUGAACAUCCUAAUGGCUGGCUAUGACAAGGAUAUUGGUCCGUCUCUGUACUUCAUUGACUACAUUGCUACUCUCCACAAAAUUGACAAGGGUGCAUUUGGCUAUGGGUCUUAUUUCUGCCUAUCAAUGAUGGACCGACAUUAUCACCAGGGAAUGACAGUAGAAGAAGCUGUUGAUCUGGCAGACAAAUGCAUAAUGGAAAUCCGAUCCAGGCUGGUCGUCGCUCCUCCCAACUUUGUGAUCAAGAUUGUGGAUAAGGAUGGGGCAAGGGAAUACGCAUGGCGUGAAUCUAUAAAAGAUGCUGGAGUUGCUGCGACAGCAUAAGAUGGGUACUUCCAUUCUUAUAUGUGAAUCUUAUCGUUCUUUCUCGUUUCCAUAAUCACAGGAUGCCAUUUAAUCUAGAAAUGUUUUCUCAUGUUGUUAUCUAUAUUAUCACUGUCACUUCCAUUUGAAAUCUGCUGAAAUUUUCAUUUUAAGGAAACAUAUCUAGCUCCCAGGUUCUUAAAAGACAAGGAAUGCUUGUUGACAAGGGGAUUCAAAGCUAACUUGCUAGGGUUCUUCCUUGUGAAUUAUUUCCCAAAGUCCUGGAGAGGCAAGGAAUGCUUAUUAGUAACUAGUUAUGUUGCAGUGAUGAGUGAUGACUUCCAUGAUAAUUUUCAGAAUUAUUUGUUUUUUGGUUUUUCACCAUCGGAUU